AUGUUCCUUGCGAGACCUCGACCUUCUAUUUCGGCAAUUAGAUGUAGCUUGCAAAGAUGGCUCGCAUCGUCGGCAUCUUCCGGAAGCGGCGGAAAAGACAUUGCGCCGUGUGCGAAAAUUGCAAAAUUCGACUCAUGCCAGCUGGAUCCUUGCAUGCUAGACCCAUGCAAUCCAGAGCCGACUGUCGUGAUUAUUGGCGCGGGAAUGGCUGGUCUUUCCGCGGCGCAUCGACUGGCGCAAUGCGGCCUCAAAAAUUUUACAGUUCUCGAAGCCACAGACCGACCAGGCGGACGAAUCCAUUCGUGUUGGCUCGGCGAUGUCGUGGCCGAAAUGGGCGCAACGUACAUCGAAGGUGGCUCAGUAACAAACGCCGCAUUCACUUUGGCGGCCCAAGAGGGCUUGCUAAAGCCACCACUGUACAGGCCAGAUCCGAGCAAAGGUCUGUUUUGUACGAGCGAAGGACGGGCUAUCGACCUGCCCGUCAGCAUCACGGCUUACCACACCUUUCGACAAAUUGAACAGCAAGCGGCUGCGCUUUUCGCUUUGGGGUGCGGUCGGAAUCAUGGCAACUUGUUAAACUUCAUGGGACUGAGAAUACAGCAAGAGCUUCACAAUUUUCCGGAGGAACAAAGAUACGACGCGGCGCGAGUGAUGUACGGCCUGACAAAUUGCGUUCGUUGCCGUUGCGGUGACGACUUGUCGCUGGUAUCGGCCGAUCAAUUCGGUAGCUAUGUGGAGAUCCCAGGGGGUAACGUGAGAGUACCACUGGGCUACGUCGGCAUGCUAGCACCACUUUUACGGGAGCUGCCGAGCUGCUCGCUCAAGUAUUGCAAGCCGGUGAGCUGCGUCCGAUGGGGCGCUGUCAGCGAAUCGUGUCCGCGCGCCUUGGUCAAAUGUUGCGACGGCGAGGAGCUACUCGCCGAUUACGUUAUCGUCACCGUCUCGCUCGGCGUGCUCAAACAUCAGCACGACAAGCUGUUCUGUCCCGCGCUGCCUGCCGAGAAAGUCGAGGCGAUCGCUAAGUUGGGCUACGGAUGCGUCAAUAAGAUCUUUUUGGAAUACGAGAGGCCUUUCUGGGUGUGGCACGAGGGUGGUAUCAGGCUUGCCUGGUCUGCCGACGAACUCGCCGAUCGAUGCGACUGGGUCAAAGGCGUAUCGAUGGUCGAGGAAUUGAUAGGCUCGCAGCACGUGCUAUGCGCAUGGGUCGCCGGUAGGGAAGCAGCGGAUAUGGAGCUUUGCUCGGACGAGGAAGUCGUUGAUUCGAUGACACGGCUCUUACGUCAAUUUACCGGUGACCCCACACUGCCAUACCCCAGUAACUUGCUGCGAAGCAAGUGGUGCAUGGAUCAGAAUUUCGCUGGAUCUUACAGCUACAUGGCUAUGGAUAGCACUGUUGGACAUCAGUGUGAUUUGGCCAGUCCUUUACCUGGUUCUUGCGAGCCUGUAGCGCCGAUCUUAUUUUUCGCCGGUGAAGCGACUAUACCUGGCCACUAUAGUACGGUUCACGGGGCAAGAUUGAGCGGAAUACGCGAAGCAGAUCGAAUAAUUCAGCUGACGAAACGUUUCAAUGGACCACCCAAAAAACUGCCACAGCUCAAUCCUGCAUGUCCAUGAUUGGUAAUCGAAAACUAUUGUAUAAAACUU